CUUUUUCCGUUUGCCGUCGUUUUUUUUUUUUUUUUUUUUUUUAACUUCAAGUGUUUUAAAAUUAACAUGUUUCCAUUGGGAGCCGUAGUGAUAGUGUGCUCGUUCGUUUGGAGAAGCGAAAGUAUCCUUCUUUACCCCAACAACUCGUUGUUCCAGUUCACGAUCGGCGUCUCGGUUCCGGUUUCCAUGAACAAAAGGGGAAGCGUGGUGUUCUCGUCCGCGUUCCAAUUCAAUUACAGACUUCCGUCCAACUUGUCGCAGCUCGAGCCUACGAUAAUGUUGGCCAGGGAGGCGAGGGAUCUGAAUCUGCAGGACGCUUACGAGGCGAUCGAGAAUUUGUUGGAUCGGCACGGUUGGGAGGACGGGAGAGAAUGCCUUCUGAAGACCAUCUGCGAACUCGCGGAGACACCGUUUGCAAGGACGCGUCGUGACGUCCUCGAGGAGGUGAUCCACUUAAUUUUAACGCGAUCGAAGGAGGAAAUAAGGGGAGACGAUGUUUAUUCGGACGAGGGUGGACUGGAGAUUGUCGUUGCUGUUCCUCGCGACAGUGGGACGGAUCCAGGCGAGCGAGAAGGGGGAAGUUCGAGGGAAGAGGCAGGCCUUGUAUCCACCGCCCCUCGUUUAUCCUCUCGGUGGUGUUUUGAAGGGUUCGCGAUGCCGGUGCAGGUCUCGGGCCAGAUUUUGUCAUACGGCCAAAACAUUCAGUUUCAAUACAUGUUGCCAAACAACGCCACCUUCUUCACCAACUACUUCCAAGACGCGUCACGAAGACGGCGUAGAGCGAGUUGGAGCGAGAGGGUCCCUGUAUACGACAUUCUUCAACGUGAACUUGACAUGCGUAACGUGGAUGGAAAAGCUUGCUUGAAGAAAAAUAUCUGCGAAGCGGCAUCGACAUCGUUGAAGGACGAGGGAUUGGUCGGCGAAUUGUUGCACUUGUUGUUAACACCGGACGAGGGAGACGCUUUCACGAUGGACUACGAAUAUAUAGAAGCGGCCACGUUCGGAAGAAGGGGAAAUAAUUGCUCGAUGAUUUAUUCCACGUGUCCUCCUGGCCAAGGAAUUCUAGACCGAAUAUCCACGAUUUAUUGAGUAUCGUGACAAUAAGAUGUUACCGUUGUACAUUAUACACACAAUAUCCAUCAUUAUUCGUUCGAGCGCACUCUCCUCAACGCCUCCAUUUUCUUCCUCGACCUAGUUACAUCCGGCCUCGCGCCCGGGUUACGGCGCUACGCUUCUCUCUCCUCUCUCUCUCUCUCUCUCUCUCUCUCUCUCUCUCUCU